ACGCUUGCCCUUUCUCAAAAUAGAUGCAACUUCCACGCAAACAACUCCAUUAGAGUAUAUAUACAUAUUUUAAAACUCAAAUUAUCAACUAAUCGAUCAUGAAAGUAGGUUUUGUGGCAGUGGCAGUUCCCUCUGUUUGUGCAACGUUGCAGCAGGGGAAAAUCAGAAGCAGAGGGUUUCAAUUAUUCAAGAGAAAUAUACGAGUGUUGACUCCAUUCCAUGAAUAUGAAACAAAAUACUAUAAUCCCAUUAAGGCUCAUCAACAGAGUUACGAUUCACAAAUCACCAUUUUAGCUGACAUGCCCCUCUUUGAAUCCCCCCAUGCAUCUUUCGAUAGGUACAUGGAGGACAAACCAAGAGUUUUGAAAGCUAUUUCCCCUGAUAACAGAGGAACCCAACGUAUAAACGAGGAAGAAUGGAGAAUUCGAAUGGAACCAAUAGGUUUCUUGUUCCUCACAGCGUGGCCAGUUGUUAACAUGAGACUUAGAUGCAAAACUAACGGAAAAGAAUACCCUCCUGGCGUUCCAAACCAUACUUCUAUGGUUCUUGAGUUCAAAAUUACAAAAUGGGAUCUAGAAGGAGUAACAGAGGGAAAAAACAAGCCAUCAGAAUUCCGUCUUAGCAUGGAAGGUGUACUUUACCCAGAUAGAAGAAUUAGCAGGAUCAAAGGUCGUUUACACAUGAGCAUUAGCUUCGCUCCACCUCCCAUGCUUGCGUUGGUCCCUCCACAUGUUCACAAAGAUGUCACGCAAGCGGUCAUGAAGAAUAUGGCGGAGAGUAUGCAACAUAAAGUAAGAAAUAAUUUGCUCGCUGAUUAUGCUAAAUUCAAGAAGGAAAAUCCCCAGCCAUAACUGUAAGAGUAACUUCCCAAUUAAGCAAAAAUCAGAACAACUCUUCUUUUUCUUUUUCCAUACUAGAAAACAAAGUGUGAAUUUUGUUUGUGUGUAAUUGCGUGGGCUUUAGUAUUUGUUCAACUAAUGAAAAUCAGGGCAGAUACUCCUUCGUUAAUAAUAGUAA